UUCAGCGCUGGUAAGGAAGCAGUUUAAACUGUACAAGGAAGGUGGUGUAAAUCUGUCUUCAUGGAAUCAUGUCUGUGCUUAAUGUGUCAGAGUUGGUUCAAUGAUCUGUACAUGUGUGUUUAUUUUUGCUACACAGAAGACAAAAAGGAUGAAAUAGAGGUGAAAAAACUAGGAGACGGUAUUGAGCUGAAGUGCAAUGACCCAAACAGUAAAUUGAGAAAAACAGGAGGAGAGGAAUUAAAUCAAACAGUGAAACUAGAGUACAAAGAUGAGAACUCAGGAGAGUACUCAUGUACUGCUACUGAAAAACAAUUCAUUUACGUGAAAUUUCGAACCUGUGACAACUGCAUCGAGCUCGACGUCCCUUCACUCGUGGGCUUAGCUGUGGGAGACUUGGUGGCCACGGCUGUGAUCGCAGUGGCCGUUUACCUCAUCGCCUCCCAGGCUGGGGUCCGGCCCAGCGCCUCAAACAAGGCUUCUGACAGACAGCGCCUCGUUCCAAAUGACAUGCCCAGCAGAGCCCCUAAUGACCACUAUGAGCGACUGAGACACAAAGGCCAGAAAGAAACGUACGACGUCAUUAAUAAAGCGGCGGCUCACGGCCGCUGAAAACGGCUUCUUCGUCUCACACAUCUGUUCCAGAGGUCAAAGUCAGGACCGAGUGAAUCUUCAUGUGUAGUUUGGUCACUGCUUUGUUAUCAUCGGCUUUGUGUAACCAGUUUUUUUAUCUUUUGGUGGAUCGUAUUAUUUUUAAUAUUUGCAGGAUCGGCUGCUAUCGGCCCCUUUUUUUGGCAUAUUGAUAAACUGAUGAAUAAAAGGAGCUGUGGCUUAUAAUUAUUUACUGCUAAUGAUUAAUUUUACCAUUCAAAUUAUAAUUUCUAACAAAAAUAUUUAUAUAGUAUAUUAUAUUAUAUAAAUAUAUCUAUUUUCUGUUCUAUUUUCAUGGUCAGUUCAUCUAAUUCCUAUUUCCUAGUGAAACUUUAACUGUACUUAGUUAAUUGAAUAAAACUUAGUAGACGCUUUAAAGGUUGUUGCAUAGUUUGAAUCUAAAUUUGUGAAAUUAAAAUAGUCCGUGUUAUUGAUUAUUGCAAUAUUAUACAUGAGAAAUGUUCAGAGAAGUUUGGGCUUAGUGUUAAACCAUAGUGGUAGUGGAUAGUGAGUGCGUUCGAUGUUUGACAGCUGUUGUACAGAAACCAAAGCUCACAUUGUUUUCAUGCAUUAAACUGAUGAUGAUUCUUCUGUCA